AGUAUGGCUUCAAUCAAUCGUGGAGCCAAACAAGCAAUCUUUCAUAUUGCCAUUGCAAACAUGCCUCUUGUUCUUGGCACACUAACAUAUGAUACCAUGCACUCUAAAAAGAUCGAUGAACGUAUACAGUGUCUAACUAUGAUUGGAUAUUUUAUUCGAAAGAAACCUAUGCUGCUAUAUUCAAGUGUCAACAAAGUAGCAGAAGCAGUAGUAAAGACCUUGGACCCGAAUGUAGCACAUAUGCGAGAAUCCGUACUUCAGUCUGCUACCUCUAUUCUACACCAUUUAGUUAAAGCAUAUCCAUGCGUAGACUUUAGUGGGAGUGCACAGAAAUUGGCUGUUGGUACACAGGAGGGAGCAGCAGUUAUUUAUGAUCUUCGAACAGCCACACGUUCUGUUGUACUUGAA